UAAGUGACGUCACAGGUUUCAGAUUAGUACCUGCAGCAGCCGGUGGGCGGAGCCAUGGAGCUGCUUUUCUCCACCAGGUGUUCCAGAUUAGACUCCAGAUCAGAGACAGUAAAACAAGUAAAAAUAUGAUGAAGCUCCUCCUGGUUCUCCUCGUGUUCUCCGCGGAAGGAGGCCCUCUAAUGGCUGAAGCUUCUAACCGAACCGAUCAGCUGAUGAACGUUUACCGGAGGGAAACACCGGCGCUGUUGCAGCACAAGUACCUCAGCCUCCCCAUGUACAUGGACUCGGACCUGCCGCUGGUCCACAAGGAGUACUUUUCCCCGGCCAGAGGGACCGGACAGGAGCCCCUACCUGGGCCGGUCCGGGAGCUCCUGCUACCGGUGAUGCCCGACACCAGCCCGCCCAGCAUGUCCGCCGUUACCGUAAAGACUUCCUGCGAACUGAACAAGAUGCAGCUCCAGGUAGACCGGAGCAUUCUGGGUUUUGGUGAUCCGGUUUCUCACCUGAAACUCGGAACCUGCCAAGUCAGCAGAACCACAGAACAUCACCUGCUCUUUGAGUACGAGCUGGAGAAGUGUGGUACCAAGCGCACGAUGAUUGGUAAUCGGAUGGUUUACUUUAACCUGCUGCAUUAUGACCCACCAAAACGUAAAGGACCAAUCAGAAGGAUGGCGCCUCUGAAGCUGCCCAUUGCUUGUUAUUUUAACAGGUUUGUUUACUCGUAUAAAAUUGGAUACACACCAAAGGUGCAGAUGCGCAAAGUCCUGAAAAAAAUGAGGAACUCCGCAAAAUUUGUUCUGACGCCACAAACUGCUGAGUGGAAGGAGACCUCUCAGCCUGACUAUGUUCUCGGGGAACCCAUGUUCUUUGAGGCCAAGGCCGAAUCGCUGUCCAAUGACGAAAGACUUUACAUCCACACAUGUUAUGCAACUUCUGAGAAGUCCCACACCUCCAAGCCUCAGUAUCCAGUCAUAAAGAACUCUGGAUGUAUGGUGGAAAGCAAAAGCAGCCACUCCAGAUUCAUCCCUCACAGAAACAACGCUGUGAGAUUCUCUGUUGAUGCUUUUCUGUUCAAAGGGAUGGCGGCUCAGCUCUACAUGCACUGCACCAUGUUUGUAGGCAGUCUGGUCCCGACACCAACAGCUAAGUCCUGCAACUAUGACUCAAACACUAGAAGAUGGGUGGAGCUGUUUGGGCCGAACUCUGUUUGUGAUUGCUGUGAUUCCAGUUGUGGCUCUGAAGAAUCUGCAGAAUUUUUUCCAGAAACACCAGUAAUGAGCAGCACAUCUUGGACAAUAAAUCCUAAAACAAAAGUUGUCCUCCAACUCAAGAAGAAGAUGGCGCCCACCACAUCAACCACAACAGGGACUUCGUGGAAGUCUUUGCCCGUUGACUCAGCUGAUUUGCAGAUGGGAGGAGUGGGGGAGGUGGGGGAAGCGGAGCUUGAUUGGCCCUUCCGAGGUGGGGGAGUAACAUGGAUGGAGGAGAAGGAGGUGAAAGGCUCCGCUGUGGGGGAGGAGGAGGAGGAGGAGGAAGGGGUCUCCAAGCCUCGCAGAGUGUUCGAAGAUAUUUUUGAUUUUGAUGAACUUUCUUUUGAUUUAAAAUAAACUUU